AUGUGGACUCUGGCUCUUGUUCUUUGUCUACAGCUGGGAGGAAAUAUUCCAGUCAGUGCAGAGACCAGUGAUCAGCAUUCAGAGCCAGUCCCUGUAAUUGAACUCUCCGAAACGCCAUCCCCUGGUCUUUUGAUAUCUGAGACGCACAAAUCCAACAGCUCAAUUCAUCCGCCCCAAGUAUCAGAACCAAAAACACCACCUCCUCCUAUGUGCUUACAGUCAACAGGAAUCAGAGACAUAUUCAAAUAUAUCAAUACUCUGGUCUCUCUCCUCGUGUUCGUUGUCGGAAUAGUGGGGAAUUCAGCCUUGUUGAAAAUCAUAUAUGUAAACAAAUCCAUGAGAAGUGGACCUAACAUUCUCAUUGCCAGCCUUGCUUUGGGAGAUCUAAUGCACAUUGUGAUAGACAUUCCAAUCAACGCGUACAGGCUAAUGGCAGAGGAUUGGCCAUUUGGUUUAGCAUUGUGUAAACUAGUCCCCUUUAUACAGAAAACCUCUGUUGGAAUUACUGUGCUGAGUUUAUGUGCCUUGAGUGUGGACAGAUAUCGAGCUGUUGUAUCCUGGAAUCGAAUCAAAGGCAUUGGAGUAUCAAUGUGGACAGCAAUCGAAAUAACUUUGAUAUGGGUUAUUUCCACCAUGCUGGCUGUGCCUGAAGUUGUUGGCUUUGAUAUGAUAACAAUGGACUAUAAAGAAAAACAUCUGAGAAUAUGCCUACUUCAUCCCAUGCAAACAACACAGUUCAUGCAGUUUUAUAAAUCCGUAAAGGACUGGUGGCUCUUUGGCUUUUAUUUUUGCAUGCCACUGGUAUGGACUGCAGUCUUCUACACCCUAAUGACCAGGAAGAUGCUGAAAAAUACUGAGAAUACGUUAAGCGACCACACCAAACAGAGACGGGAAGUAGCAAAAACUGUCUUCUGUUUGGUGAUUGUGUUUGCACUCUGCUGGCUGCCUCUUUAUCUCAGCAGAAUCUUGAAAUCAACCAUAUAUGAUGAGAAAGAUCCUAAUAGGUGUCAGCUGCUGAGUGUCUUUCUGGUGCUGGACUAUUUUGGUAUUAAUAUGGCAUCACUCAACUCAUGCAUGAACCCCAUUGCAUUGUACAUAGUCAGCAAAAGAUUCAAGAGAUGUUUCAAGGCAUGUCUGUGCAGUUGGUGCCUACCUCUUCAAGCUGUUACCCAUGAUGAGGUACAGUCUGUUUUGAAGUCCAAAAUGCAGGAGCAAGCCUCAGAGCACAGCAACAUCAAAGCUCAUAAACACAGUUCAACACCUCUACCUGAGCAGGAGAACACCUAA